AUGGACGUCCUGAGCGUGGCAGACUGGUGUCAGGACGCCGAGGAGGCGAGCUUUGAAAGCGACCCACGCGACUGGCUCGCUUCCCGCGAGACACGCGACACUUCGGCGGACUACCUCGGACAUUCGCCCUGCUCCAGCGCUGGCUCAUAUCACGAGAGUGGCUCGCCGGACUACGCGGGCCACCGCAGCCCUCCCAGCGCCCGCAAAGCGGCCGAGGGCUCGCUCAAAGUCCGGGAUCUGUGCCUCCUGAAGGGCCUGGCGGUCCCCGGGGCCGAGCAGGACGCGAACGCCCGGCAGAGGGCCCCGUCCGGCAAGCCCGCCACCGGCGUGCAGCGGCAGAGGCGCGUCGCCGCCAACGCCCGGGAGCGACGGCGCAUGCACGGCCUGAACCACGCCUUCGACGCGCUCCGCAACGUCAUCCCGGCGCUGGACAACGACAAGAAGCUGUCCAAGUACGAGACGCUACAGAUGGCGCAGAUUUACAUCAACGCCCUGGCGGAGCUCCUGCAGGACCCGGCGGCGUCUUCUUCGACCGACGGCGGGGCUCCGCAGUCGGCGAGCAACUCCUCCGAAGGUCAGCUGGCCGCGCACAUCGACGCCAUGUCGCUGCACGCCGCCUUCGACGACGUGUCGUUCGCCGCCUUGCAGGUGGAGGAAGCCGGCGGCUCCCCUCCAGCGGCGCAGGCGGACUCGCCCCGCAGCGACGGCGAGUUUUCCCCGCACUCCCACUUCAGUGACUCGGAUGAGAUGGCGGUGGAGGAGGACGAGCUCCACGCGGUUUCUUUCUAA